AUGUUGGAGGGGUGCACCGUGACUGACUGCUGCGACGUGGAGGAGCUCGCAGAGUGGGCUAAGAGGGAGAAACUCGGCGCUCGGUUCCAGUCAGGCCUUGAGGAGGUGGUGAAACAGGGCGGCCUCCACACUGUGACCGACACGUUUUUGUCGGGUCUCGGUAUCAUGUUGCCGGGCAUGCGAAAGAAGAUCUUGGACUCCAUCAAGCGAAAGCUUGUGGGCAACAAGAAGGUUCGCUUCGGUGAAAUCAUGAAAUACGACCCCAUCCUCAACAAAAAACCCAGCACAAAGUGCCCAUGGGUUGAAAUAGAUGAAAUCGAGGUACGCCACGAUAAGGAGACCUGGCAGGCCGCCAUCAGGACCUGGAGGUUCUGUACCACAGGGCUGGAUGGUCUUGAGGAGAUCUCUCUCCUUCGAAAGGCCUUCGACACUUGGAGGCCGAAACCCAAGGGUUUCUUGCGGAUGCUGCAGGAGAUGCUGGAAGGCAUUGGAGCCUUCUUUACGUCCAUGCCUUGUUGUUGCAGGGAGAAGGCUCUCGAGUGACCUCAAGUGCUUCCAGGCACUGGCAACAUCGAUGCAGAGUAAAUGUCGAACUCGGAUUCUGAAACACUCUGCAGUUGAAGGAAG